GGGGGGAAGCCGAAAAGAAGAUUCUUCCGUAGAAAGCGGAAGCUGCUUCUCCAGUUCUCCGAGGACAGUCCGCAGGACGACUCCGUUGUUUUGGUUCCAGUUGUCACUGCUGCUGACUGGGACCUCUACCGCGCGGUCCUGUGACGCUAUCCCCCCGCGCGGCGGCGUUGGUAUCACCCGGCUAGGUCCCGCGAGAGCCAGGAUGGCUGCGCCCAGUGAGCGCUGCGCCCGGCGGCGUGGUGGCUGCUGAGUCGUUUCCGGUUUCCUGUGCUGUUGUUAACGCGGUCCGCGCCGACAUCCGGGAGCUCAGGGAGGUUUCUCCGCGGCAGACAGCACGAGAACCCAGCCCCGUGGACCACCCAGUGGGGAGGCGGUUGCCAUGGUGACAGAGCAGGAGGUGGAAGCUAUUGGUAGGGUCCUAGUGGACCCCAAGCAGCCCCUGCAGACCCGUUUCCGGGCGCUGUUCACACUGCGGGGACUCGGGGGCCCGGACUGCAUUGCCUGGAUCAGCCGUGGCUUCGAGGACAGCUCUGCCCUGUUGAAACAUGAGUUGGCAUACUGCCUGGGCCAGAUGCGGGACUCCCGUGCCAUCCCAGUGCUAGUGAAUGUACUGCAGGACAGCAGCCAAGAGCCCAUGGUGCGCCAUGAAGCUGGGGAAGCCCUGGGGGCCAUCGGGAACUUGGAAGUUCUAGAACUCCUGAAGCAGCAUUGCACUGACCCUGUGGUUGAGGUGGCUGAGACAUGCCAGUUGGCUGUGGGGCGGCUGCAGUGGUUGCAGCAACAUCCCGGAGAGGCGGAGACCGGACCCUACCUGUCGGUGGACCCGGCGCCCCCCGCAGAAGAGUGUGAUGUAGGGCGACUUCGGGAGGCACUGCUGGAUGAGGACCGGCCGCUGUUCGAUCGGUACAGGGCCAUGUUUGCCCUGCGCAAUGUGGGCAGUGAGGCAGCAGCCUUAGCGCUGGCCGAAGGCCUGCGCUGUGGCAGCGCACUCUUCCGCCAUGAGGUGGGCUAUGUGCUGGGCCAGCUGCAGCAUGAGGCCACCGUGUCCGAGUUGGUGGCCACACUGGCCCGGAGCUCCGAGAGCCCCAUGGUGAGACACGAGUGUGCUGAGGCCCUGGGUGCCAUCGCCCAGCCAGCCUGCCUGGAUGCGCUGCGCCAGUUCAUCAACGACCCAGAGUGUGUGGUACGGGAGAGCUGCGAGGUAGCUCUGGACAUGUAUGAGUACGAGAACGGGUCAGCCUUCCAGUACGCUGAUGGGCUGGAGCGCCUGCGGCCACCACCCUAAACCACCAGCUGAGGGCACAAGAGUCACCCAGGGCAGCUCCCAGCACCACCUAGGAAACCACCUAGUGCCACCUGGAAUAGCACUCAGCACCACAUAGGACGGUACUUAACCCAUCUUGAGACACCACCCAGUAGCACCUGGGACAGUGCCAGUGUACCCUGAAUGUGACCUGGACUCAAUCCCAACCCAGACUCAGCACACUGGCUUGGGUCUGGACUCUGUCCGUCACCUGACUACCUGAUAGGCCUCAGUAUCACCUGGGUCCUAGGUACCAGGGCUGUGCCUUGUACCUUGUACAUACCAUCUGAGGACUUUGCCUACAGCACCCAGGACACAGCUGGGCCCAGUGCCCGAACCUGCUGCUCUCAUUGCACUGGACUCUGUCCUCAGCACCUGCCUCACCCCAAAUCCUGCCUGGCAGCAUGUCUGUACCCUCCCCCCUCAUUCUGACCAUCUGGCCUCCUGUCUCCACUCUGAGAGACUCACAGGACAUAGGGAACCCAGCAGGCUGGGCUGCACUUACUUCCCACCCUCAGCCUCUCCUGAUAGGUGCUGACGCACAGUGCCCCCCUCCCCAGCUGCUGCUAGGGCUGUGGUCUUAUAUUUUAUGUGCUCCCAGCCUCGUGCUGGACAGUGCUGUGGAAACUUCCAGGCAUUGGGGACCAGCUGGACUUGAGGUGUCUGACAGGUCCUAGGGCAGAACCAGGCUCCAUCUUUACAGGGACCAGGGUACCAGGUCUGGGGUGUCUGACCUCACACUGAGACCACAUGGAACCCAGGGCACCAGCUGACUUCAAGGGGUUGCCCCCAAAAUAAACUAAGUUAUUAGAGAUGGUUUCA